AUGUCGUUGUUUUCUCCGGCAGACGACGCCCCCCCGGCCAUGGCGCCACCCCCGCCGCCCUCGUCGACGCCUUCACGUUCAUCUCGGGGACGAAAGCGCGGGGCGGAUAGCGACGAGGCAUCACAAAGCUCCAAGCGCACACGGCUGUCUUCUGGGUCGGGCUAUUUCCUGCAGUCGGUCAAGCUGCGGGUGCAAGACAUGUACCGUGGUCGCUGCCUGCAUUGCACCGGCACGCCCGUUGAAGUCGCCCAUGUAAUUCCGCGCACAAGCACGACGGUGUUCGAAAGACUGCGCGAUCGCAACAUCAUCGGCCUCGGUUCCAUCGACGACGCCGACAACGCGGUGCCUCUCUGCGGUUCCUGCCACGCUAACUUCGACACGGCGUCGCCGGGCCUCCUCAUCAUACCCACGCGCACUGAUCUGCUGAUCGAGGUGGAGAAGAGACAGCUCGCCCACCAUCGACCCCGGGUGCCCAUGUCCGCAGCCGAGUACGCCGACCUGUGCCGAACAGACCAGCCCGACCUACAAUACGGCCUAUACAGCUGCUACCCCAUCGUCGACUUUGCUCCCGCUCCUCCCGGCCAGCCAAGACAUGAACCUGGAGAGAUGAUCUGGCCACCCCGCGAGUGGCACGGCAGCCCGAGCGCCAUGGUUCAGAGCGCGUCGCGGCUGUUGAGUUGGAGGGGUGCAGGCCCGCUGCGCAUUCCUCGGCAGGUGUGGGACGACAUUGACACACUGACAAAGCUCUGGAUGCUUGAGCCUGGCGCUUUGAUGAGCGUAGAGAGCGUCGAGGGCAGACUCGACGAGCAAGAACCCGCUUUGACGCCAUCCGUCACGCCACCAACCGCACAUCUCUCGACCCCGCCGCCCGCGCUUCCUCAUCCCCAGCCACAGCAACGCCGGUCGUUCCACAGCGCUGCACCAGACUCAUCUCACUUCCGCGCCACGCCUGCCGCCCACACCCCCGAUCGAGAAGUGCUUCACACGUCCCGCCCAACGACGCGCAAACGCCGGCGCAGCGACCAAUCGCAGCAGAUGGAAACACCAAACUCCACCCCGGUGAAACGAGCCAAACAUCACGACGAGACCCCGGACCCCAAGCCCUGGACGUGGGGCCCGACGGCGACGGCACAGGACGCUAUACAGUAUUGGAAGGAUGUCUUUGUUCAUGUCAAAGAGAAACACACGUCUAAGCAGGUUGAGGAAGACGGCUGA